AGAACUCCCUCUGAGUCGGUCUCGAGGAGCUAGUCUGAGCGUAUUUCUACUUGUUGUUUUGAAACCGUUAAACACCGACCGGAGGCAUUGAGUAGAAGAUGGCGGAUGUUGAAGGCGAUGAAAUUAAGUCGGCUCUCCCUUCGGCUUCCCGUAAUGGACCCGCUGCAGGUUCGGUAGUCGGUAUCGGAGUCCAAAAUGCUACCCAAGUGACGUCAGGUCCACGAAUGGUUAGAAUUGUAAAGUCGGAAUCAGGAUAUGGAUUCAACGUUCGUGGACAAGUUAGCGAAGGAGGACAACUGCGAAGCAUCAAUGGGGAAUUGUACGCACCUCUUCAGCAUGUCAGUGCUGUUUUGCCUGGAGGGGCAGCGGACCGAGCUGGCAUAUCAAAGGGUGACAGGAUUCUGGAGGUUAAUGGUGUGAGCGUGGAGGGGGCCACCCACAAGCAGGUGGUGGAUCUGAUCCGGGCUGGGGAGAGGGAGCUGGUGCUUUCUGUGCUGUCUGUGCCGCCCCAGGAGGCAGAUGGUCUUGAGGCCGGGGAUGAGAGCGCCGCCCAGCUCAGCUAUGACUACAGCGACAAGCAGGCCGUGCCCAUUUCCAUCCCCACCUUCAAGCACGUGGAGCAGCACGCCGAGAGGUUUGUGGUGUACAACGUGUACAUGUCGGGCAGGCAGCUGUGUUCCAAGCGCUACCGGGAGUUUGCUAUCCUGAACCAGAACCUGAGGAGGGAGUUUGCCAGUUACACCUUCCCCAAGAUCCCAGGGAAGUGGCCCUUCUCCCUGUCUGAGCAGCAGCUGGACACACGCCGCAGGGGCCUGGAGGAGUACCUGGAGAGAGUUUGUUCAGUACGGGUGAUUGGUGAGAGUGACAUCAUGCAGGAAUUCCUUUCUGAAUCAGAUGAGAAUUACAAUGGCGUUUCAGACGUGGAGCUGCGGAUAGCCCUGCCAGACAAGACCAUCAUCUCUGUCAGGGUGCGCAAGAACAGCACAACUGAUCAAGUCUACCAGGCUUUAGUGAUGAAGGUUGGUAUGGACAGCAUCAUGGCCAGCUACUUUGCCCUCUUUGAAGUCAUCAAUCACUCCUUUGUGCGAAAACUGGCCCCCAACGAGUUUCCCCACAAGCUGUACGUGCAGAACUACACGUCAGCCGUGCCGGGCACCUGUCUGGCCCUCCGCAAGUGGCUUUUCACCUCUCAGGAGGAGGAACUUCUCAGGGACAACCCGCUGGCCAUCCACUAUUGCUUCCACCAGGCAUUGGAUGACGUGAAGAAGGGAUUCAUCAAAACAGAAGACACUUCUUACCAGCUGACGAAACUGGCAGAGCAGCGCAAGAUGGCCAUGUACCUGAGUCUGCUGCGCUCCUGUGAGGGCUACAACGAGGUCAUGUUCCCCCACUGCGCCUGUGACUCCCGGAGGAAGGGCCAUGUCAUCACGGCCAUCAGCAUGCACCACUUCAAACUGCACGCCUGCACAGAGGAUGGCACGCUUGAGAACCAGGUGAUAGCGUUUGAGUGGGUGGAGAUGCAGCGCUGGGACACUGACGAGGAGGGCAUGGCGUUCUGCUUUGAGUACGCCAGGGGGGAGAAGAAACCUCGCUGGGUCAAGAUCUUCACACCAUACUUCAACUACAUGCAUGAGUGCUUCGAGAGGGUCUUCUGUGAGCUCAAGUGGAGGAAACGGGUUGAAGAGGAGGCCUCUGACAAAGACAACCAGAACUGCAGUAACAACGUAGGUAAGAAUGAGUGGGAACAGAGCGAAGUUGGUCGUCUCCUUAGGCGAGGUGUACAGGAGCACACAUACAGGUGUAUGCUUAUGAGCAUAAAAGAACAGCAGCCAUGUGGUCCAUAUCAAGGUCACUUCCUUCCCAGGCACAAAGAUGAAUAAUCCCAGACUGACAGAAUAUCUCCCUGCUCUGGAGACACAGAAGGGAUGGCGCCAUCUAGGGGGCGAGAUCGCUACAUCCUAAAUACUCCCACCACCAGAACCAGAAUCGGUCCACUCACGCCAUCACAGCCACAACCGAGAUUGACAUCUGCAAAAGAAACAAAAAAAAACUAAGAGUACUUAGGCGAUCCACUCCCCAAAUGACAACUGGAAACUGAUUUUAAAAUCACACAAACCCAGGAAUUCUCAGAUAGAUGACGAGCAAUGAAGGAAAAAAAACAUUAAUGUCAUUACUAGAUGUUCAUAGAAUAGCAUAUACUUUUUCCUCCAUGCAUCACCCCUCCGACAUGGGGCGGGACACUAGCUGAGUUCUGCCACCCCACUGGUUGAGGAAACAGAACAGUACAGUUCGAUUGGUCAAUGUUCACAGCAGUCUGCGGCACCAUUGGACGAAGAGAACUCCUUAAUUCAGCGAGGAAGCCAGCCGACAUCUGCGACGUGAUUGUGACGGCCAGCUCUGCUGUACGUUUGGUCCGGGCCAAUGCUUUCAAUGUGCCUCUGGUCUACUGAACUACAAGCUGACAUGCUGGGAAACAAAAUGGAGGGUGGGCGGGCGGGACACCAUUGUCACUGGCAAUGGUUUUCCCUGAUGCUGGACAUUAUCAGAUGGAUUAGGUUUUCUGGAUAAGGGGGGAUAAGAAACAAAAGGUUAUCCGUCAAAAGCUGCAGGCUAUAAAAACAGUUGUUGCACAAUAUAAGCUCCCAGUAAUUAGUUGUGUGGUUAACUUAACAAAUUAAUGGCAGCUUAUCUAUAUGUGUGUGUGCAACUCUAUUUUUAUAGCCUAUAGUUUACUCGCCGUUAGUCAGCACAUCUUCUAAUUUUUUGGGCACCAGCUUAUGCUUUUCAAAAGCAUAGGAAACAAAAGUAACUGACUGGAGAUGCAAGGGGUUAUUGUGUUUUGUUCAUAAAAACAAUACAGCUAUGCUUUAGAAAAACCUGCUAAAGUGAUAUAUUAAUAUAAGAGCUCAACUAAUUCCUUAUUCUAACCGUGUGGAAAACUUCCUUCUUGGCUUCUCAUUCUUGCUCUAUUUUUCACAUUUUCUAACCUUUCUAACACACUCUAGUCUAGACUGAUGUCUGUUGGCAGUUCACCACCAAAAGAGUGAACAUUUUAUCACCUUAAAAUGUUUGUGGUGAUUCAGCAGAAACUCCAAGUUCGGAGGUAAAAUUGUGUUUUUCAUCAAAGUGGUGUUGCCAUCUAUUGAAGGAAGUCGGGGUUUGACCUUGUGAACUAAACGUUCAGAGAAACUAGAAACCAGCUAUUAUUUCCCCCACUCUGAGUAUUGAUCAGCAAACAGACAGGGAUGGAAGUAGUGUGUUGGGUGCAGUGCCUAUCGCAGCCAGCAGAGAGCGGUAGAGUACUACUAAAGUACUAUGUACUACUGAGUCAGUAUUCAGCAGACAUGACAGAGAUUGCUCCGCUGGGCAGUGUAAAUCAACCACUAAGUACUGCUCUACAGUUUGACCAUUACCCGUGUGUGUGCACCAGUGUGUGUCUGUGUAUAAGUGGGACCAUGGCCACAGUUAUGAUGCACGUUGUCUCUCUGCCCCUCAUUGCACCUUGUCUAACCAAACGGUCACAGUAUUAAGGUGGCGUGAGCAUGCGUCUCCAGGGGCAUAUUCAUUACGCCGAUUCUGUUGCAAAACCUGUCUUAAACGGAAUGAAACUGGGAGGGACCUACCUGAAUUUGGUGGAUAGAGAUCUAUAUACUUUCUCUGUUUUGGUUUGGAAACGGUCUCCGUAAUGAAUAGACCCCAGUGUUACCCUCAGUAUUGUUAAGGCAGUAGGCAUGAUUAGGAUGUGAUAUAUGGGGGUUUAGGUUUUGAGGCAGCAGAUAAAGACCAGGGCGGAGUCCCAAAUCGCACCAUAUUCCUGAUGUAGUGCACCUCUUGAUGGCUCUGGUCAAAAAGUAGUGCACUACAUAGGCAAUACGGUGCCACUUGGGACAGAACACAGAGAGGGUUGUGCAGGGUGACAGCUGUGCAGAUAGAUGGAUGGGAGGCAUUUCCCCUAGUGAGCGCCGCCUUGCAGCCUUUUCAAGCUGUGUAAGGUUAGCUCACACCUCUUCUAUGCCUCAGCCCCUCUCUCUCCUGUCCCUCUCUGUAGCAGAAACUAUGUUUAAAUAAAGGAUAUUACUGAAGUUUGACAGGUGUAACAUUUUACCAUUCUUAAUUGAAUGGUUCUGCACUGCUUGCCUUCCGAAAGGAGAAUAACCAAUGACAAACGCUACACUAGCAUUUCCGCUAUAAACACCACAGCUGCAUUCUGAAAGAAAUGCUAAAGAUGUGCAAUUGAGGUGCUGCCUGUUCGUUUUGACAGCCAGUUUAGAGAUGGAUGACAUAAAGAACGUGUGUGUGAUUUUUGAGAGGGGGGAGAGGGACAACGAGCAGGUGUGUGUGUGUGUGUGUGUGUGUGUGUGUGUGUGUGUGUGUGUGUGUGUGUCCGUCCGUUCUGCGUGCCAGUGUUCCGUUCUUCCACUCCAGGUUGGUCUGCCAUCAGACUAGAUGUGGUUGCCUUAGCAGCACUACGCUGUGUGAGCAUGCCCAGUCUCGCCCCAGACCGCAUAACAAAACUGACUCACUCACUCACUCACCCUUAUAACGUAUUCAUGUUAAUGUUCUUUAAUGUUUGAUGUCGUCGCGAUGGUAUCUGUUCUUGUGGGGAAAAAAGCCUUUGACAGACUUCGGUCUACGUCCCUAGGCUGUAGCAGGUGCUGUCUGUUGGCUCUCAUACCCUGGAAGUACAGGGGCGCAUGCAUACAAAUUCACAUACACAGGUGCACACACUUGUAUGUGGAGUGGGUUGUCAGUGGUCCAUCGUCAUGGUUACAGGGAGUAGGAGCCAGUGAGAUGCCGGGGAUGCUAAGAUGUUGUCUUUGUGACUCAUUUGUUCCGAGCUUUAAUAACGCUAGUCACCUGUGCUUACUUUGCUGCAUCUCUAUAAUGUCAGUUGUAAGAGAGUGAUCAUGUCUCCCCGAUCGAAUGUAUUUCAAAAGGUCUUUCACCCCUACCUUUUUGUUUGCAGUAUUAUUAAAAGGUCAGUGUCCUCUGAUAGCAGCUUGACACUGUUGUUGUAGAUUCAGCCACCACUACAUUAAUAUAAGAGUGAAAAAACGGGGCCACGUUCAGUAGCCAAACUCCUUAUUCUACAUGUCGGAAGGGGUGUUUGUUCUACAUUUUUAUAUCUGAACGUUCCAAAAUGUUUUGCCCUGUUGAAAGCACCCUGGCAUUAAAGGAUAGCACACGCUUCUUAACACUUGAGCUAGGCAUUCUAAACGACUAACUAACAUGGUGUAAAUGCUGUUUUCCGACUGUUAGCCUUCUUUGUGUAGGUAAAACAUGGAUUUCUGUUCUUUACGUUUCACAUGAGCAGGGCUUUUGUUCCAUGUCAAGUACAGUAGGCAACAUUAAAACCUAGACAUGUUUAUAUUUUGUCUUCAGCAUAACUUGUAAAUGAUUCCUAAAAAUGUCCUUUGGAUAAAAAUGCACUCUCUCUCAAUUGAAAACUUUAAUUUAUUUCAGCAAAUUAUUAAAGCUGUGGGAAAUCAUAGUGUAGUGUCCUAGUACUACUGUAGGGUAUUUGGGGAAGCAAGACUAAAGACUAAAACUAAAAACAUGAAUAAACAACUGAUACUGUAACACAAAAUGGAACGUUUUUUUAUAUCUUAAAAUAUAUGAAGGUUUAAUAACCAAUAUAAAAAGGAAAAAAUAUUACAGGUUUGGAAAUGUCAUGUAGAGAAACAUUGUAACAUUAUUUUAAAUAAAAUGAUAUUGAAGAAAAA